AUGGACACUCCCGCCGAUGCUCCUUCACAGCCAGGUGAACCUGACCUCCCCGACCAAGCAAGUGUUGCAGAACAAACCGGCCCAAACAACCAUGGAACCAAUACAGCGCAAUCAAAGGAGCUUCUUGAAAUUGUCAUUGGUUUCCUUUCUACUGCUAGUAGUGAAGUUCUACUCGGCGUCUUUGCUGGCUUGGUAUGCGCAACAUAUAUUCUUCUGGGAAGACUUGGUCUGCUCCUGAUUGGGGUAGCUAGUGGCAUCGUCCUACAUGCGUCAUGGGAGGGGGCGAGUACCCAUUCCUCUGGGAACGAAUUGAAUUAUCGACUUCCUAAGAGGAGAAGAGAAACAGGUUUGGAUAUAGCUCAUAGGUUGCUUGACUGGCCUGAACUCAAAACCACAGGAAUUGGAUCAAGCCAUGACAACACCCAGAAGCUUUCACAUGAUGUGGUGGAAAUAGAACCGGACUACACCUCUUUCCGUCCAGAGACAGCUGCCGCGCUGGAAUCAUUGACCGACGCGGUGAUCAGGGACUAUGUAAAUUGUUGGUAUGAAUCGAUCUUGCCGUCUGAGAGGACAUUUCCUCUCUCCUGCCGGAGGACAUUGAUCAGCCUUAUAACCUCUGUGUCAACACACCUCUCACGUAAACGAGCAGCAGACACUUUCUUGGAAUUUCUCACAAAUUCAUCCUCCAUGUUAAUCGUAUUCUUGAACGAACUGUCUACGGCUUUUGAGACUAUUGGGCCCACUAUGACGCCAGAACAAACUAUCCAGCGUUACCUAGAAUUCUCCCCCGAGAGCAGUUUGGCAAAUGUCUUAGCAAGCCAACAACAGCAUAAGAAACUCAACUUGAUAGCGGACGAUAUAUUGGCCAGCUUUUUGGAUCCGAAAGCCUACGCGCUGCCUCCUCUAAGGGAUUUUCUUCGCGAGAUCUUAGCCGGUGUUGUCCUCGAAUCCAUCAUUUCGAGUCUAUCACGUCCAGAGUUCAUCAAUGGAUGGAUCAUUCAGCUUCUUAAUGAAGGCAAAUCUGAAAUUAUGAGUGCAAUUGAUGCUGGUGUUGAAGGGGCGCGAACCAAUGGUGUAACUGCAGCCAAAGGUUCCAAAGAAGUAAAUAUGCCUUUUCCAACACCAGUGAAUGGAAAGAAAGUGGGUUCAGAGACUGCCCAUAUAGAUAAGGCAACUGAAGAAGCCAUGGUGGAAGCUAAGCGACUAAGUGCCAUGAUCGCAGCACAAGACCUGCAGCAUCAAAAUGCUGAGCAGUCGGUAUAUAAUGAUUCUCAAACCUCACCUUCUUCAGGCGGAGAAGAUCCUAUUUCACAGCCCUACCAUGGGACGGAAAGGGUUGAAUAUGAUGCUAGAACACAGCUAGGGUUUGAGAAUGUGAGCGCCAAGCCGACUCAGAAGAUCCAUGAGCUUGGAUCUGAAAAUGCCUUCGAACUAAGUCCUGCAAGGCGACCCUCUUCGCCGUCUUCACUACAUUCCGCAAGUUCCUUGUCGUUGAAUCAAGCAUCGGAGAGCGACAUACAUGCUCCCCUGACUCUCCAUCGAGCUUCUAUAACGGUAGAUGAUGGCUUAGAUUCGGGAGAUGAAACAUUGCUGCGAUCAAAACCAAUCUCAAAUUACUUAGUCCAGAUUGAGCCGGCGUCCGCGUCUUGUACGGGAUGGAUGGUGUUCAGGAACUACACAGAGUUUGAGUCACUCCAUGAGACAUUGGCAACGAUUUCGAGAUUAAACGGAAUUCAAAAGUUUACAGACGAUCAUCCUAUCCUACCUAGUUGGAAAGGACAGACAAAGCAAGUAUUGGCGAGGAGUUUGGAGAGAUACCUUCAAGAUGCCCUUCAAAACGAACCUCUCGCAAAGAGUGAAAGAAUGAAACGGUUUCUUGAAAAGGGUGGAAGUCUUGGUCCUGCAUCUGUGGGCACAUCCCUGAAGGCUGGAUUCUCUUUUACAAGCCAGGCCUCCCUCGAAAAUGUCGGAAAGGGGGUUCUAGGCGUCUUAGCAAAUGCACCCAAAGGCGUUUCCGACGGCAGCAAGGCUGUUUUCGGUGGCAUGACCGGGGUAUUCGGCGUGAAGUCUGUUAAGAAGACUUCAUCAGAUUUGGUUUCAAAUAGUCACAAUCAGAAUAUCAAUGCCCUUACACAGCCGAAUGAGUCUCCCCCGCGCAAAUCUGAGGACGCUGGAAAUCCGAGACGACAUUCACUGGAGCCAUAUAGUGGAAUGCACGGUACUCAAUUACCCUCCAGGUAUCAGAGGCAUAGUUCGCCACUGUUUGAAGCUCCGUCUGAUACCACGGCUGUGAAGGGAGUCAAACCCUGCCAGGACAUACCUCUCGACAAUCCAGCAGAAAAUGCAAAAGGGUCACGCCAGGCUCUCGCCGCAGAAACGGAGCGAAUUGCUGCCCUCUCUAGCUUGGAUCUCAGGCAUCGUGGUUCGCUAGGACUUUCACACUCUUCAGGUAGGCCCAGGGAGGAAGAUACCCAUACUCAAAUAGGGGAGCGGGUGAAUACGGCUUCGCAAGAUAGUUCAGAGGGCCUAGGCAACCCUAUCACCCAAGAAGAAACCCGAAUAGCUGUGGAACUCAUUUUUGCAGUGAUAAAUGAAUUAUAUACACUAUCAUCUGCCUGGAAUAUACGCCGGACUCUGUUAAAUGCGGCGAAGUCAUACAUAUUACGCCCCGGGAACCCAAAUUUAGAGACGAUUCGCGGCUUGUUGCAAGGAUCAAUGAUUGAAUCCAACACAUCUGACGAAGCGCUUGGCCUGUAUAUCACCAAACUUCGUGAGAACGUCCUCCCAACAGAAGCUGAGUUGAAGUCUUGGCCUUCUGCACCUAACGAGGCCGAAAAGGAGCGUCUAAGGGAGACUGCACGGAAAGCUUUUGUGCAGAAAGGGUUGCCACAGGCCUUAACAAGUGUAAUGGGAGCGGCUGCCAGUCGUGAAGCGCUUGAGAAGGUAUUCGAUUGUCUCCAAGUACCAAUCAUUGCGCGAGGGCUUGUGUUUUCUGUUCUCAUACAGGGAUUGAGGUCCGUCAUCUUUUAA